AUGUAUAAAACAAUCUUCACAACUGUGCUCUGCGCAGCAUUUGCAAAUGCUGCGACAUACAAGCUUGCCGACUCUUUCGACAAGACGAACUUCUUCGACGGCUUCGAAUUUUUCAGCCAAACUGACCCAACGAACGGGUUGGUCAAAUAUGCCAACAUGCAAUUAGCAAAUACCUCGUCACUUGCAGGUUACGCAGGGGAAUCGGUCUUCAUCGGUACUGAGUCAACUCCCGGCGCUCCUCCUAGCAGCGUACGCCUCGAGUCAGUGAAAGCAUGGAAGAAAGGUCUCUUCAUCGCCGAUAUCAAACACAUGCCCGGUAGCGCAUGUGGGGUAUGGCCUGCCUUUUGGACGUUCGCCCAAGAUAAAGAAUGGCCAAAUGGAGGUGAGAUCGAUAUCAUCGAGAACAUUAGCAUGGCUAGCAAUAACAGCGUCACCCUACACACUUCUGCUGGUUGUAACAUGGAUUCCAAAGGCUCGGCACCAGUAGCAAAACUCCAGCUGCCCGAUUGUCUGGGCGAGGGCAACACAGGCUGCUCCAUUCACUCGAACGUUCCGAACUCAUUCGGUACCGAUUUCAACAACAUUGGCGGAGGUGUGUACGCAAUGGAGUGGACAUCUUCCUCCAUCUCGGUCUAUUUCUUUCCUCGGGCAUCCAUCCCAGCUGAUAUUGCAUCUGGGAAGCCGGAUCCCUCGAAAUGGGGCGCUCCUCAAGCAAAAUUCGUAGGAAACACUUGCGAUAUCGACAAGUAUUUCUCAUCCCACAAGAUCAUCUUCAACACAACAUUCUGUGGUGAUUGGGCAGGCAAGAAGUGGAAGGAUAAUGCAUCGUGCGCGGUCAAAGCGGAGACUUGUGAUGCCUAUGUCAAGAACAACCCAAAAGCUUUUACUGAAGCUUACUGGUUGAUUAAUUCUGUCAAGGUUUAUCAGACUUCUGCUUGA